CAUCUUCCUCUCUCUCUUUCAUGUCCAAUCAAACUCAUGCACUUUAAACAACAACAACACAACAACCCACUAGAUUUUUCAGCUUCCUAGCUCCAUGUGUUCUGCAAGCAUUUAAAGCAGUUCUUGUCAGUUCUUGAUCUCUCUCUACCUAUCAGUCAUUUAUUCUCAAAACCCAUCUUACACCUCAGUUUGGUUCUAAUCUUGAUCCAUGAAGCUUCAAUGGGCACCUUUAGCAAUCCUAGCAUACCUUCUUUUAGUUCAAUUAAGCUCAGCAGCAGACCCAACAAGACCCAUGAACUGUACAGACACAACUCGCCUCUGCACGUCUUUCCUGGCCUUCAAACCCCAACCCAGUCAGACCCUUGCCGUGAUUCAGUCAAUGUUCGACGUGUUGCCGGAAGACGUCACCGUGGAAGGGGAGAACGGCCGGGGAUACGUGUUCAUAAAAAAGAACUGUUCUUGCGCUUCUGGGGUCAACGAGUAUUUGACCAACACCACGUUUACGGUGAGAUCGAGUGGAGGGUAUGUGUCUGACGUGGUGAAUGAGGCCUAUGGUGGACUGACGUUCCUGCCCAAUUCGACGAGGACGGUCAGAAACGGCACCGUUGUGUGGCUGAGGCUGCUGUGCGGGUGUUCGAGUGGGCUGUGGAAUUAUUUGAUGAGCUAUGUGAUGAGGGAGGGGGACAGCAUUGAGGCUUUGGCGAGUCGGUUUGGGGUUAGUAUGGAUAGUAUUGAGAAGGUUAACGGUAUUGUUGAUCCUGAUAAUGUUACUGUCAGUGCUCUGUAUUACAUUCCUUUGAAUUCAGUUCCUGGUGAGCCGUAUCCUUUGGAGACCAUUUCUCCUGCUCCUGCUCCUACUCCACCCAUUGACGACUUGUCAGCAAAUCAUGUGAAUCAUGAGGCACAUUUUCCCUAUUUAUGGAUCGUAGGAAGUAUGGGGUUAGUUCUUGUUGUGAUAGUAGUAGUAGGUAUAGUUCUAUAUAUAUGUCUGAGGUCAUCACACUGCUGUGGUGAAGCGCAAAGAGGUCACUCAAAAGAUCGUGAUGGUCAGAUCAGGUUUCAUAUUCUUCGCAAACCCAGUUUCUGCUGUGGUUCAGGAAGGCUCACUUGUCGCAAGUCUGCUGAUUGGAAGCAAACCAAUGGGGAUUCUGGCAACCAGCAGAUAACUAUACCCAAAGCUCUUGGCAGUCACGUACUUGACAUGGAAAAACCUGUGGUUUUCACAUAUGAAGAAAUGUUCUCCUCAACAGAUGGAUUCUCUGAUUCACGUCUUCUGGGAAAUGGAACUUAUGGUUCUGUGUAUUAUGGGUUACUUCAUGAGCAGGAAGUUGCUAUUAAAAGGAUGACAGUGACAAAAACCAAAGAAUUUCUAGCAGAAGUAAAAGUUCUAUGCAGGGUGCAUCAUUCUAACCUGGUAGAAUUGAUUGGUUAUGCAGCAACGGAUGAUGAGCUCUUCCUAAUAUAUGAGUACGCCCAGAAAGGUUCACUUAAAAGCCAUUUGCAUGAUCCUCAGAACAAGGGUCAAACAUCUCUUUCUUGGAUCAUGAGGGUCCAGAUUGCUCUCGAUGCUGCUAGAGGUCUUGAGUACAUCCAUGAGCACACUAAAGCUCACUAUGUCCACCGGGAUAUCAAGACAAGCAACAUCUUGCUUGAUGGUGCCUUCAGGGGAAAGAUUUCAGAUUUUGGAUUGGCGAAACUUGUUGGUAAAACAGGUGACGGAGAAGCUACAGUAACCAAAGUUGUUGGUACAUAUGGUUAUCUGGCUCCAGAAUACUUGAGUGAUGGGCGUGCUACCACAAAAAUUGAUACAUAUGCUUUUGGAGUUGUUCUUUUCGAGAUUUUAUCAGGGAAGGAGGCUGUCAUAAGAACGGAAGGCACAUCUACAAAAAAUCCUGAAAGACGCUCACUGGUAUCCAUUAUGCAAGCUGCUCUGAAGAGUUCACCUGACUCCAUGAGUAUGUCGAACUUGAAAGAUAUUAUCGAUCCAAAUCUGAUGGACUUGUAUCCCCAUGAUUGUCUAAUCAAGGUGGCCAUGAUAGCUAAGCAAUGUGUAGAUGAAGAUCCCAUCCUGCGGCCUGACAUGAAAGAGAUUGUUAUUUCUCUGUCACAAAUUCUCCUAUCGUCGGUCGAGUGGGAAGCUACUCUAGCAGGGAACAGCCAGGUAUUCAGCGGCCUUGUUCAGGGAAGGUAGUGAAACAGAAACUUUCUGUUCAUACCCAAGUCAUUCAUAUUCUUUUGCCCCUCUUUUAUCUGUAGUGUGCUUUGUAUUUAUAAUAGCACAUACAUAUAGUGGGAAGAUCGUGGUAUCUAUACGUAAGUUCUGAAUUUGUUCCUGUUGUUUCCUUCUCUAGAUGUUUCAUACCUUGUAGUACCAUUUGUGGAAAAUUUUGAUUUGAUGAAAAUGUGAUGGAGGAGCCAAGGAA